AAAUCCAUAAUACUUGAUAAUCAAUGCCUAUUUCGUUCUCCUAUCACGGAGACGUUGAGCAGCCCUGGAAAUACAAUCGACAUCGACGUCUGCUCCUCCACACAAUCGACCCCUGCUCCGCCACAUUCAAUGUACGCCUGCUCCGCCAUUCUCAGCGACUUCAUCAUCAACGGCUUCAUCAUCAGCGAGUUCAUCAUCAUCAUCGUGUUCAUCACACCAGUGUUGGUUAUUCUGGUAAAUCAAACGAUGUACUUGCUCGUAGGAGAACAGAGCUUCGAAGGUUGAAGGUUUUGUCAAAUGCAAAUGACUCGGGGUUUGAGAACACCGAGAAAGAACACAGUGACGAUUUAACUUGCCAUUUGUCGGUGAUUGGGCGGAGGAGAGAGAUGGAGGAUGCUGUGAGUAUAGAAAAAAGGUUUGUUGAUGAGAACUCAAAGAAAUUCGAUUUUUAUGGCGUUUAUGAUGGUCAUGGUGGUUCCUAUGUUGCUUAUGCUUGUCGUGAGCGGCUACACAAGCUGUUGGCAGAGGAGAUGGAUAUAGGAAACAGAAACUCAACGGAGAUGAACUGGGAAAAUUUGAUGGUGACGAGUUUCACUAAGAUGGAUGAGGAAGUGAACAAAACUGACGUUGUCGAUUCCAUGGGCUCCACCGCUGUUGUUGCAGUGGUCAGUGAUAAAGAAAUAGUGGUUGCCAAUUGUGGUGAUUCAAGGGCUGUUCUUUCAAGAGGUGGUGGUGCUGCUGUGCCCUUAUCGGUUGACCAUAAACCAGAUAGACCCGAUGAGUUAGAAAGAAUCGAACUUUCAGGAGGAAAAGUGAUCGACUGGAAUGGGCUACGUGUUCUUGGAGUUCUUGCGACUUCCAGAUCAAUAGGUGAUAGACAACUAAAACCAUACGUAAUUGCAAAACCUGAAGUUACGGUGAACAAAAGAGAUGAUGCAGAUGAAUUCAUGAUCUUAGCUAGUGAUGGAUUAUGGGAUGUCAUAUCUAACGAUUUAGCAUGUCAAGUUGUGCGAAAAUGUCUUGAUAAAUGGACAUAUCGAAGGAGAUCAUUGAAAGAAUAUCAUAGGAGAUCGACCAAUAAUGCAGCAGUGUUCUUAACAAAAAUGGCAACGGCUCGUGGAAGCAAAGAUAAUAUAAGCGUUAUUGUGGUCAAUCUUAAGCGUUAAAUCUCUUGAUGAUAGACCUGGGUGGUGUGUCUUUAUUAAAAGAUAUGUAGUACAUAGAUUCUUAUGAUUAGAACAGUAAAACCAGUUUUAAAGAUUUGUCCUAUAAAUGUUUUUUUUAUACGUC